GAAUCUAACUUGGAUUUAGAAGUACAACGCAAGGACCCCAAAUCUCCACUGCAUUCCGUAAAAACAUUUGAAGCGCUGCAUCUAAAACCCGAGCUGUUAAAAGGUAUAUACGCUAUGGGGUUUAAUGCUCCUUCCAAAAUUCAAGAAACAGCACUUCCAACAUUACUUGCGGACCCUCCUCAAAAUAUGAUAGCCCAAAGCCAGUCUGGAACCGGUAAAACAGCCGCAUUUGUUUUAGCAAUGUUGAGUCGGGUUGAUAUCAAAUUGGAUUUUCCACAGGUUCUUUGUAUUUCGCCUACUUAUGAGCUUGCAAUACAAACUGGUGAAGUAGCUGCUCGAAUGGCACAAUUUUGUCCGGAAAUCAAAUUAAAAUUUGCUGUUCGUGGUGAAGAAGUUACACCAAACACGAAACUAAAGGACCACAUAAUAAUUGGAACACCUGGAAAAAUUUUGGACUGGGGAUUAAAAUAUCGUGUAUUUGACUUGAAAAAAAUUCGAGUGUUUGUACUAGACGAAGCAGACGUAAUGAUUGCAACACAAGGUCACCAUGAUCAAUGUAUUCGAAUUCAUAAACAACUUUCUUCGAGAUGUCAAAUGUUGUUUUUCUCCGCAACGUACGAUAAGGAAGUUAUGAAUUUCGCCCAGCAUAUAGUACCUGAUCCUACAAUUAUACGACUUAUGAGAGAGCAAGAAUCGCUAGAAAACAUAAAGCAAUAUUAUGUAAAAUGUAUGAAUGAAGAAGACAAAUAUAAUGCAAUUCAAAAUAUUUAUGCCGGAAUAACAAUAGGUCAGGCUAUAAUAUUUUGUCAUACUCGUAAAACUGCUGGUUGGCUGGCAGGAAAGAUGUCAUCGGAUGGCCAUUCUGUUGCAGUGCUUUCCGGAGAUUUAACGGUGGAACAAAGGCUUGCAGUUUUGGAUCGAUUCAGGGCUGGCCUCGAAAAAGUUCUCAUAACGACCAACGUACUCUCAAGAGGAAAUUUUUUCAUCCAGCUCAGCACAGGAAAAUGCUACAGUUUGGCAAACAACCUGAGGAUAAAAAUCGACAACUACCACAUUCCAUUACAAUGACGAUUAUAUUGUUAUAUAAUAAUACAAUAACAAAAAAAAAACUCUGGUAAAAAUUUGGUUGUCAUAAAUUCUCUACCAUUUCAUGCAGUAAGACAUUUUAGAUAAAACGUGUUUCUAUUUUCACCCAUUUGUGAAGUUUUAUAAAUACUUCUGGCUGGAGUAGAAACUCUUGUCAGGUUAAAAAAAUUAACAUUAUUUCAAAUAAA